UCGCUCCCCUGCCGUUACGAUAGCAGGUCCGCCCGGCUGUACUGCGCAUGCGCUGGAAGAGCGGAAGUUGUGUGUGCUUCUCUGCGCCCUGCUUGCGGAGCUGAGCGCUGCGUGGCUCCUGCGGUUCCUUCAUGCACACGAAACGGGCGUUAAAACGCACCCACCGCAGGCGGUGGUUCUACAGAGAGCUGCCUGAUUGUGUUCGGCCGUUCCCAGGGCCGCUCCGAUGUGCGCAUUGGGCACAGGGAGGGGGUUUGGGGUGAACCAAGCCCUCCCCCGCCCGCUGCUUUUCCCCCAGCACGACCCGGGCUCAGGUUCCCCUUUGUGCACGGAGCGAAGUCCCUGAAACUUUCAUGAGGGCAUCGGAUGGCCGACGAGAGCCGCCCCACCUCCCCGCCUGCCGCUGCGCAUCGCCUCUGUCCCGCGCCAUGACCCAGGGCAUCUGGGGGCUCUACAAAGCCAGGGUGCUGCAGACCCUGGGGGGGGCACGGGCUGACGGUGCGCUGCAGGAGGAGGGAGACCCUUCCGAGCUGAUGGAGGCAGCGGAGCCUCCCGCGCUGAUGGAGGAGGGAUCCGGCCCUGUGUCCCAGCUGGCACGGAAGGUCCAGGGGGGCUGGAGGACGCUCUCAUCUCUCUUCACCCGCGAGGAUGAGCACCAGCUGCUCAACCCAGAGCCCUGCGCCGACCACCCCCUUGCUGCCGUGCCAGCUGAGCUGCCUCCCGCCCAGAAAGCAGCCGGCUUUUGGGAUCUCUUCGCUACCAAAUGGCAGCAAGCAUCGACACCGGACAAGGAGGUGGCCUCUCCAGAGCUGAGUGAGAGUCCCACAGAGCCACCAGGUGAUGAGGGCCCCAGCGACCUGCGAGAGCCAGAGGAAGGGGCCUUCAAAUGGGGCUUCCUGGCCAGCAAACUGGCUGAAAUCCGAAAUAAAAAUGCUUCCAAGGGCAACUAGAAGAGGCGAUGCCAACGUGGCCCUGCGGCAGCGCCAGCCAGUGAUGCUGUGAUGGGCCCUGGCAAUGUGGAGGUUUUGGCACUAAAGACCCCACGGCGCCCUUCUCCCUGAGCGUGUGUGGUGCUUUCUUUGCCUUUGUCUCCUAGAACAGCCCUGCCACAUGUGGAGCCCCAUUCCAUCCCCAAGACUGCAGAGCUGCCCCAGCGGGUUGAGACCCUCCAGAGGGAUGGGAGGAGGCUUGCCACCUCAGUCCUCAAAGCAUCCCCCAUCCACUCAGGCACUGUUGGAAGAAACCACAGAUGCAGCCACGCUAGAAGAAAACCACAGGUUUGUUUAUUAGAGUCCUGCUCCCAUCCUAGCAGCCCCUUUCCCACUGAGGCUGAUGGGGAGAAAGCUGCCAUUCUAAACCACAACCAGAAAUAGGGAAGACCAAGAGGUAGGGACCAGUAAGGAACAGCAGCCUUCCAGCCACCACGGCUAGGCUGGACUCACCCAAAGAAAGUCCCUGGGCACCCCACCCACACCUCAAAAAGCAGCUAUUGGUGGGCAGCAUAUCCAAGGGGUGAAGCAGUUGUCCCUUCUGUGGGCAGACCUUGUCUCUGCUCAGGGUAGACUUGGUGUCCCUGCUGGCCUGCAAGCAGCACCAUUGUGUCAGGGUGCUGCCACUCCCCAAACCACAUCCAGCAAGAGCAGGGGGCCGUUAUCAUCCACCUAGACCCACACACGGCUGGCUGGGGUGCUUCCUUUCAGACUGUGGAUUCCUUGGCGGCCGCCCAAGCUCGCUGGCAGCCAUAGAGCCAUUUGAUGACACGGGCAUUGCGCUCCACCACCGAAAUGGCGGAGCAGAGCCGUGCGUCCGGCUCCUCCUCACCUGGCCCCACGUCCUCACCGCUGCAUCCUGACGCCUGGCUGGGCUCCCACUCACAGGAGCUGUGGAGCCGCGCUGAGGCAGCAUCCCAUCCCGCUGGCACAAACCGUUCCUUCCCCAGCCCUUCCACCAUGGCCCGAUCCAGCCCACAGUAAUUGAAGAACCGCUCCUUCUCCGAAAGCGGCAGGGACAGGCGCAGCCCGAGUGCCGGUUUGCUGGGGCCAG